AUGAUGGGCGAAGAGCUUUCUGGUUUGGGUGUGAAGGAUUUACAGAACUUGGAGAACCAACUGGAAAUGAGUCUCCGGGGAGUCCGUAUGAAAAAGGACCAAGUUUUGAUUGAUGAACUACAAGAACUACACCGAAAGGGAAACCUCAUGCACCAAGAAAAUGUGGAACUGCAUAAGAAGGUAAACAUACUUCAUCAAGAAAAUACGGAAUUGUAUAAGAAGGUUUAUGGAUCAAGGGACGUAAAUGGGGCAACAAGAUAUGCCUGCAUCACAAGUGGUUUAAACAUUGAGGAGGAACCCCAGGCACCUGUGCAUCUCCAGCUAUGCCUACCCACAGGCACAAGUACAAAAUUGGGGUAA